GAAAUUUUUUUAGAAAGGUUAAAAAAAAUAAUAUUCACCAAUUGCAAUCACGGUUACAAAAAUAAAAAAUAUGGCUUUCAUUUGGUCCACCGUCGCGAACUCAUAUUGGUUUGAUCAUAUGCUGCCACGUCACAACUAAAUCCACUCUUCCGCCGGACAUUCUCCCCUUUUCACCUCAACCGACCACCCUCCAGGUACUCUCCGGCGACUACUUUUCCGGCCAAUUUCACUCUUCUACUUUCCUUUUACUUCUUCCUUCCUUCCUUCCUUCCUUCCUUCCAUUCAUUUCUAUGAAACUUCCCUCCAUUUCGCUUCUUCUCUUCUAAUUCCAGGUCUCCCUUUUGAUGGCCAAACCCAAGGCUCCCAGGCAAACCCUAGAUUCUUACACUGUCAAGCGCAUCAACAAAACCAUUAAAGCCGGCGAUUGCGUGCUUAUGAGGCCCUCUGAACCUUCGAAGCCGUCUUAUGUUGCUAAGAUUGAAAAGAUUGAAGCUGAUUCUCGUGGGGCCAAUGUGAAGGUCCAUGUUCGCUGGUAUUACCGGCCGGAGGAAUCAAUUGGUGGUCGGAGACAGUUUCAUGGCUCGAAGGAGCUCUUUCUUUCCGACCAUUUUGACGUUCAAAGCGCCGAUACCAUCGAGGGAAAGUGUACGGUCCAUACGUUUAAGAAUUAUACCAAGCUUGAUGCUGUUGGAAAUGAUGAUUAUUUUUGCCGUUUCGACUAUAAUUCCACUACUGGAGCUUUCAAUCCCGAUCGAGUAGCUGUGUAUUGCAAGUGUGAGAUGCCUUACAAUCCCGAUGACCUAAUGGUUCAGUGUGAGAACUGCAGUGAUUGGUUUCAUCCUGCUUGUAUAGAAAUGACUACAGAAGAAGCUAAAAAGCUUGACCACUUCUACUGUGAAAGUUGUUCUUCAGAGGGUCAAAAGAAGUUGCAGAAUUCACAGUCUACAUCUAAAGUUGCAGAGACAAAGGUGGAUACGAAACGACGCCGGAGGUGACAAUAGUGUAAAUAAACAAAAUACGGUGACUUAGAGUCGUUAAAAACCAACCAGAGCUUCUAACUUCCAAAUGAGUUGGAACAAGUGCAUAGAUGUAGGAUAAUGUAAAUUGUAGCUCUAGUGUGUUCAACAUUGGUUGCAGCAGGUAGAGAGACUGGUUUGAAAUGUAUUGAAGUUAUUUUAUUUGAAAAUGGAGCAAACCAAACCAAACCAAACCAAAAACCCCUCCUUUCUUCUAUGAAGGUUGUAGAUUUGUUUUAUUUCCUCAAAACUCCUAAACUUUUAACUCUUUUGGAAUCCAUUUUCCUAAUUAUUCUUAGCUGAUAUGGUGAUGUAUAGGUGAAAAAUAUUUGUCAAGGACUGAAGGGUAGUAGGAAAGAGAUCUUUAUGUAAUUAUUUGGUUGCAAGUUGAUUGGACUGACGACUCUUGUGUGUACCGUACCAACCUCUCCCUUUAGAAGUUUUAAUGAAGAAAAAAAAGAGACUAUUUUAACCAA